UUCUACUACUCCUCAAAGUUUUUCCCUCCUAACACAUUUUCCUCUCAAGGUCCCUUCCUUGACCAUAAACAAAAACCACACAGAAACACAAGGAAAAAAGUUACAGAAUUUCCGAUUUAAAAUAAAUCGGAGAGAAUUCACACACACCUAAAUAGAAAAUAAAAUAGAUUGUAGAUUGCGAUUAGAAUUAGAAAGUGAUUUCGAUUUCGGUGUGAGUUUCUUGGAUGAGUGAAAGAGGGAAGAAGGAAAAGCCCGAGAAAAAAGAGCGGAUGAAGAAUAUCUUCAAGAAGCUUCACAUAGGUAGUAGCAACCACGAUCCUCAUCGCUCCAAUGAAACUCCGCCACGUGUACCUUCGCCGUCUGGCGACACUGAAAAUGUUCAGAGUUUCGCCGCUUCUACGGCAACUCAGUCCUCCUCUUCUCCAUCCACGGCACCUGUUGUUCCUGCCUCCGGCGGCGGCAGUGUUUCUCUAGUGGUCAAUCGGCAAGAUUUUUUCUCAUCGGAGGAGGAGUUUCAGAUACAGUUAGCCCUAGCUAUAAGUGCUUCCAAUUCUGAUUUCCGUGGUGAUGAUCCGGAGAAGGAUCAGAUCCAUGCGGCGACGCUUCUCAGUUUGGGAGGACAUCGAAUUGAUUCGACGAGGAAUAAGGGCGAUGCGGCGGAGGCGCUUUCGAGGCAGUACUGGGAAUACAAUGUACUUGACUAUGAGGAGAAAGUAGUAGAUGGUUUUUAUGAUGUAUAUGGGCUCUAUAAUGACCCAGCAAUGCAAGGAAAGAUGCCAUCUCUAGCAGAUCUUGAAACAAACCCUAGUGGCUCUAGCUUUGAGGUGGUCAUAGUUAAUCGAACAAUUGAUCCUGCCCUGGAAGAGCUGUUGCAAGUUGCACACUGUAUUGCAUUAGACUGCCCUGUGACCGAGAUUGGCAUUUUGGUACAGAGGCUUGCAGAACUUGUUACUAGCCAUAUGGGUGGUCCUGUAAAGGAUGCUAAUAUUAUAUUAGCAAGAUGGACAGAGAGAAGUACAGAGUUAAGGACAUCUCUUCAUACAAGUGUAUUACCUCUUGGGUCCUUAAAUAUUGGGCUCUCUAGGCAUCGCGCUUUACUUUUCAAGAUAUUAGCAGACAACAUUAAGAUGCCUUGUAGACUGGUUAAAGGUAGUCAUUACACUGGUGUGGAGGAUGAUGCUGUCAACAUUAUAAAGUUGGAGGAUGAAAGGGAGUUUUUGGUUGAUCUCAUGGCUGCUCCUGGAACACUCAUCCCAGCUGACAUUUUAAAUUCAAAGGAUAAUAAUGCCUUUAAGCCUCACAGCCCCAAGAUUGUGCCGAGUUUGUCUUCCACUAAGGAAACUGAGUUUUCUUACUCAAAACCUAUCCUGCCAUCUAAUGGUGAAGGUAGUGGUCAGUCUUCUGUGAUAAAAGAUCGUAUGCCACCUUGGAAUGGAAAAUCAUAUACUGAGAAGUCAGAGCCUUCAAACUUUGGUUUGAGCAGAGACACUGGUGUUGGUCCUUCUAAAUUUCCUAAUGGAGGGAGUCCUAACCAACGGGAAAAUUUCCCAUCCUCAUAUGGUAAUUCUCUGUACAAAGGUACUCUUGGUAUGAAUGCAGUUGGUGACGGGACAAGAUUGAAUGUCAAUGUUGUACCAUAUGCCCAGAACAACCCCAACGACCCUCAGAACCUUUUUGCAGAUCUUAACCCAUUCUUGAUAAAAGGGACUGGGAAGCCCUUUGUGCAUAACAAACCUGUGGAAAAUAAAUCUCCCGAGCUUCACGGUACAAAAAAUAAUACUGUUUCUGGUCGACCCGUGGCACCACUGAUGUGGAAGAAUCGCCAUGCCUAUAACGAAGUCCCCAGGAAAACUAAUCAAAACCCUAAUGAAUAUAACCCUCCUUUAUUUGUUUCCAAUAUUUCUUUCGCAUCUGAAAAUACUGAUCUCAGCACUUCCAAAUCAUCAUACAAUUCGAAUAUAAAUAAUGAUAUUAGUCCUCAAACUUCGGCACACAUUACUGGUUCAGUCUCACCAGCUGGUGUUGGUGAACUGGACCGGAUAGAGGGUCUCCAUGCUGAUUUUAAAAGGGGGGAUUUGGAAAGUUCUCAAAAUGUCGUAGUAGAGGCAGUUAAAGAACCCGAAAACAUUGAACUCAGACAUCAUGACAGGAGGAAGUGCACACAUGAUAGAUUCAUGGGAAGCAAUUUGCAAGAUCAAGAGAGUCCCAGCUCUUCAAUCGAUUCCAUUACAAAUAGGGUCGAUCAAAUAUUGGACGAUGCAGAUGUUGGUGAAUGUGAGAUUCCAUGGGAGGAUCUGGUUAUUGGUGAAAGAAUUGGUCUAGGUUCAUAUGGUGAGGUAUACCGUGCGGACUGGAAUGGCACAGAGGUUGCUGUGAAGAAGUUUUUGGAUCAGGAUUUUUCAGGCGCUGCCUUGUUGGAAUUCAAAAGAGAAGUACGGAUAAUGCGUAGGCUGCGUCAUCCAAAUGUUGUCCUUUUUAUGGGUGCUGUCACCCGGCCUCCCAAUCUCUCAAUCAUUUCAGAGUUUCUUCCGAGAGGGAGCUUGUAUCGAAUUCUUCAUCGCCCUAAUUGUCAGAUCGAUGAGAAGCGAAGAAUAAAAAUGGCUCUGGAUGUGGCUAGGGGUAUGAAUUGCUUGCACACCAGCAUACCUACUAUUGUUCACCGAGAUCUGAAGUCGCCAAAUCUUUUGGUUGAUAAGAACUGGAACGUUAAGGUAUGUGAUUUUGGGUUGUCACGGUUGAAGCAUAACACAUUUUUGUCAUCCAAAUCAACUGCUGGAACGCCGGAAUGGAUGGCUCCUGAAGUUCUCCGCAAUGAGCCCUCAAAUGAGAAGUGUGAUGUUUACAGUUUUGGUGUCAUCCUAUGGGAGCUUGCGACUUUAAGGUUGCCAUGGAGUGGAAUGAAUCCUAUGCAAGUUGUUGGUGCCGUAGGUUUCCAAAAUCGUCGCCUUGAUAUUCCUAAGGAAGUUGAUCCUUUAGUUGCAAGAAUAAUCUGGGAAUGUUGGCAACAGGAUCCAAAUUUGCGCCCCUCGUUUGCACAGCUCACAGUGGCUCUAAAGCCCUUGCAGCGUCUGGCUAUCCCGACUCAUCAAGACCAGGUAGCUUCACCUCUGCCUCAGGAGAUUUUUGUAAAUUCUACCCCAUGAAAAAUCUCCCUUUUCUCAAGUGUGAAUAACUAGGCUUUCUGCAUAGUUUACUCGUGCGUAUAAAUGUAACAAACAAAAAAAAAGGAAAAAAAAAAGCAAAUGUUGUGUCGGCAAGUGUUUGUAUGGAGGGAUUCAUCAAAUUAUCAAUUGCUGCUGCUGCCAAACAACUGUGGAGCGAUUUUUGUAUUGUGUUCAUAGCUUGUCCGAGGAACCAAAACUCGGUAAUGUGUAAAUUAAGGUACUCAAGUCUCAAAAUUGUUUAAAAAGAGGUCUCAACAGUUGUUCUGACCAAAACCAAAAGUCUCAGACAAAUGUAAAAAUGUCUUACCAGAAAAAUCCAAAAUUUGGUGAAGUAGUUGGUGUUUAAGAUUUUAUGAAAUGUUGACUGACUAUUGGAUUAUUUUUUCUUGCAAAUUUGAUCCGAUAAAUCUCAAACAAAUGAACUAUUCUGAAAA